AAAAUGGCGCUGACAGCGCUGCCACUGCAAGAACACUUCCUUUUUCACCAAACGUGCUGAUUUGACGAGCAUCAGAUAUGCCUGCUGUCGCUAAGAAGCCAGCCGAGGGGAAAAAACUCCCCGCGGUGCCAGAAUCUAAGCUCAAAGUAGCCAAAACUUUGGUCUCGAGGAAGGAUCGUGCCGUGAAGCUGAGACUAAUCAAGAAGUCAAAGGCUCUGUGGAGGAAACGAGAGAACUUCCGUCGGGCUGAGCAGUAUGCCCGUGAGUACAAGAAGAAGGAGAGGGAGAUUAUUGAGCUGAAGAGGCAGGCCAAGAAGGAGGGAACAUACUACAUCCCGGCAGAACCCACGCUGGCAUUUGUUAUCCGUAUCCGGGGUAUCAACAAAGUUGCCCCCAAAGUCCGCAAAGUCCUGCAGCUCUUCCGCCUUCGGCAGAUCAACAAUGGAGUAUUUGUGAAGCUGAACAAGGCCACCAUCAACAUGCUGCGAAUCUGUGAGCCCUACAUCGCCUGGGGCUAUCCCAAUCUCAAGUCCAUCCGGGAUUUGAUCUACAAGAGAGGUUUCCUGAAGAUCAAGGGACAGCGCAUUCCCAUCACGGACAAUCUCCUCAUCCAGCGCAAGCUGAAAGUGAAGAGCAAUAUUCAGUGCGUGGAGGAUCUCGUUCAUGAGAUCUACACCGUUGGGCCCCACUUCAAGUACGCCACCAACUUCCUCUGGCCCUUCAAGCUCAACACUCCCAACGGAGGGUGGCGCAAGAAGAACAACCACUACGUGGAGGGAGGAGACUUUGGCAAUCGCGAGGACAAGAUCAAUGCUCUGCUCAAGAGGAUGGUCUAAGACAGGUUUUUCGUGAGGAAAAUAAAGCCAGGAGAAGAAUUUA